GAAAAUCUCGAGACAGAUCGGAAUGCGAGAAUUAAAUCUCUCGGGCUUCAAGAGUCCCCCGCCUUGGACAGGUCCAGCCGGCGCAGGUGGCCAGGCACCCCUCUUCAACGCCGGACGAUGAUUGACGGAGUGCCUGACUCCAGAGUGGCGUUGUGCACGCCUUUGAGCGACCCAGCCCAACCCGAGGGUUUUACGAUCGAGACCCAUCGACAGGCUAGCAGGGAAGAGAUUUUGCUCCAGACCAUCUAGCGCCCACCACCCAGGAUCGGUCUGGACCUGAAUUCAUUGUGCCAGAAGCUCGGCGCUAUACGAACGGGGACGCUACAGUCGGGAAGAGGGGGUUGUUUCAUGGACGCCUAUUUGCAGGGUUGGUGUGUCGGUAGGGUCGCACAAGGCGGGAAUUGCGGUCAUCGUAUGGAUGCGUCGAAUCGGACAGGAACGGUGUCUCGUCUAAGCCUUCUGGCUGUGAGUGUCUUAGGCCGGUCUGUUAGUCUGAGUCUAGCGCCAGUCAGUCUUAGUCUCUUCGCAUUCUCUCUUUUUUUGUGCGUGUCUCGGUGCCCGGGGUGGAUCCCGCUUGGGCUUGUUUGAUUUUUCUUUCUUUCGUG